UAAUUCUGCCCUCUUUUCUUCAUUCCCGGUCGGCUGUUCCCUGCGGUCCCAAAAGGCAAAGGAGAAAAGAAGAAAAGAAAAAAAAAAAAAAGAGUCCACCCAGCGCACUGGCCUCAGGUAGCUUGGGGGCCGGAGCGCACCCUAUAGCGGUUUUCGUCUGUUUGUUGUUGACCAAGUGCGGUACUCGCAUGCGCACGCUGCACGCUGUACGUAACAUGUCUACAGGGACUGGCACUCUGUGUGACGGGGACGACCCGUACACUCGUGCCGUCUACUCCGUCUCGUCAACUUGCUCACUCACUCGGGCCUUGACUACCAGGCCACAGGCCCACGCAGCAAGCAGACAGACAGCCCUACCGACCCGACCCAACCUUACCACUGCUGUGUUCCAUUCAUUCUCCACAGUCCAUAGACCCUUUUGUCAUUCUCUCCUUGAGCCCAAAGGAUCCUGCUUCCAGUCCAGAAGCUGUGAAUUUAGGCGAAUAAUAACCGCUGGCCCUGGCCUGGCCUUCACAACCUGCACGGAGCUUCCUCCAUGCGCCCUGGGCAAUCCAAAUACACCAUGUCGCGCGAAAAGAGAAACGAGCGCAGAGGAGAACAAGUCGGGUAGUCAAUAUGUUUAG